AUGUCAAAACCCUCGCCAUUAGCUGCCAAAAUAGCAGGAUCUAUACUUCCUGUCGUGGUGUACGGCUUGCUAGGCUAUACUUGGUACAUUUACAUCUUCCGCAUCUGUGCACACCUGUUACUGAACAAACCUCCUGAUAAUACAGCACAAGCCAUUAUAUUUAUGAUCAUUGCCAGUUUCUUUUGGAUCAUGGCACUGAUUAGUUAUACCCGAGUUUUAUUCACCUCGCCUGGAAAACCUCCCAAUGCUCGUACACCGCUUCUGAGUGAAGAAUCAAAUCAAGGUCAAGUAGCCCCUAUCCAUUUGCCUCGCUAUUAUUACUCGCCCAAGCUCUUCAACCAAUCCACCAUGACAAUUCGAUACAUUGAUGCACAGGAUAAAAUGGAUGUCAUGCCAGUGAUCUCAGUGAGUCGCCAAGACGGUCAGCCUAAAUUUUGCCACAUGUGUGAGUGUUAUAAGCCUGAUAGGGCUCAUCAUUGCAAGGAGUGUAACGCAUGUGUAAUCAAAAUGGAUCAUCAUUGCCCUUGGGUGAACGGCUGUGUUGGAUUUAGAAACUACAAGUUUUUCUUUUUGUUCGUGUUGUAUACGGGCUGCUACGGACUCUGGGUGUUUGUCAGUUCGUUGCCGUUGGUGGUUACAGGUAUCCGUGAUAUGAACGCUGAUUUGGACCCUCAAUGGAUUGUCAUCAUCGUCAUUGCAUUCAUUUUUGGAUUGACAGUAUGUGGAUUUGCAGGCGUUCAUGCGUACUACAUUAUUCGAAAUGAGACAACCAUUGAGCAUUUGGCGGAUAGACCCAAUGAGAUCAGGGUUGACUUUGACAUGUCAGGUCAGAAUUUCGAGGUUGUCUCGGUGCCUGUGGAUGAUAACUUAUGGGAGCGUAAAAAGAUGGAAAACUGGGUGUUUGUUAUGGGUAGAAAUCCAUGGGGGUGGUUCCUUCCUAUUCAACGAGGGUUAGGCGAUGGCACAGUAUUUCAGUACAAUGAUUACAUGUUCAACACGAUUGUGAAUAGAGCAGUUAAACAACGUCAGUCUAUGGAUGUGCCCAAUUACGGAAACAACAACAACCUCCAGGAACCCCCACAUGCGAAUGUGGAAUAUGAGGCGGAGCGACUCUCCUCUAUUGAUAGCACAGCUCAUAUGACUUGA